CAUCGGCAUAACCGCUCUUAGGCUUCUCUCUGCUCUUUGACACUGAUUAACGUCGAGGACGCCGGUGUUGGACCUCCAUUCGUUUGCACCGAUAUCCAGUCGACACGGGAGUUGCCACUACAUGUUUAUGCCUGUGUAACGAGAAUUUGAGGAGGAUUUUUCGAAAUUACCCGAGAAUAAUUUGCACGAAGGUUGUUGGCAACAAGAAGACAUCGCCUCAGAGAUCGAAAUUAGGCCUUUAUUAUGAUAAAAAUUGCAAAUUCUCUGAAUCUUGGACUCAAUUGAAUUCGUCGAUCAUAUUUAACGAGAUUGCCCAAACAUAUGCAAAUUCGAGAUGACGUUGCAAAAGUCUGUGGAAAUAGCUCGUGUUCCUCAUUGAAAUUUCAUUGUUUAUAAUGGAAAGCGACGAUUAAGUUGUAAAUACGUCGAGGAAACAUGUACAGAUGUUGCGGACUACUAUUGGGUGGAUGACACGUUCUUCAAGGAUGGAUCCCAGCAAGAAAUCGGAAACAGUUAACAGCAGUCAGAGCACAGUCGCGCAAUCUGAAAGCUCAGAUUCUAUAGAGGUAGACAAUUCGCGUACAGUUUUGUUAAAGAUAGCAACGCUGUAUGCGGAACGUCUUAUGAAUGAUAUCUGUCUUGUUGUGGAUGGAGUAGAAUAUCCAGCACACCGACUUAUACUCUGUGCUUCUAGUGAUGUUUUCCAAGUGAUGCUGAUGAGUCCACAAUGGAGUGAAUCUCAAGAAAGCAGGGUAACCCUUCAAGAAACGCCUCAAUGCGCGCCAAUAUUCAGCGAAUUUUUGCGCUACUUUUACACUGGUCAAAUAAGAAUAAAUUAUGGUGUUGUUCUACCAAUAUUAUCUCUAGCCGAUAAGUACAAUGUUAAAGAUUUGAUAUUGUUGUGCCUUGACUACAUGCGAAAUCAUAUUGCGCUUGCUGCCAUACACGGCACUUUGGUAUCGUGGCUGCAAUACACAUUGAACUGUGGUCAUCACGACAUUAGCCAAGCGUGCCAAAACUUCAUCAAGUGGAACUUGGGGCUCGUGGCCAAGACUGCGGACUUUGCAAAUUUUGACUUAGAUAUCCUAGUAUCGUUGUUGCACCAAAGCAGUUUAGUCAUAAAGGAUGAGAUGACGCUCUACAAGUGCCUAGAAUUUUGGUUGGAUCAUCAGGCAGAUCGAUUGAGAGCGCAGUUGUCGCCGGACGAGCUGGAGGCGACGUUGCAUCAACUGGUGAUAGCAGUCAUGUCGCCCGUUAGAUUCCCGAUGAUGUCCCCGCGACAAUUGGCAGACCUAUUACUGUCGCCGUUGACAAAAAAGUAUAAGGAAUUCUUCGUGGAACGUAUGUCGAUCGGCAUGUCCUUUCAUUCGGGUCAAACGGACAGAGUAAGAGAAGUGAGUCUUAGCGAGGAGGACGGCGCUUUGUUGUUCGAACCGAGAUUGUAUACCGUCGACACAUGCAGCUCGCUACUGACCAUAGAAAACUUUCACGGACUACCAUCAUAUCACACGAGGACACUUGUGUUUUCCAGUCACUCCAAUUUAGCGGAAUACGCCGGCGAUAAAACUUGCGAAUGGGUGGUAGACAUCUACCCUAAGGGUGUAUGGUUCAAGAAGUUUUUCCUCAUAGUAUGGCAAGGCACGGUAGAGAUGCCCGAGCACGUCAAGCGAUCGGUAAGAUUGUCGUUGACGUGCAAAGAGCCCCCGAUGAACAGUCACAUGCGCGUCAAGAUCGGAGUUUUGAUUUACGGAUUGCAAGACGGGGUCGAACAUAUCGCGAGAGUCACCGAGAUCAUUCAUAGAUUCAGUAGAAAGGAUCGCGUCCUGAAUCUGGACGAUCUCCUGCCAUUCGAGGAGCUCAAUCCGCAACAGGGCUCGGUAUCAGAGAACGUGGUGUCUCCUUUCUUAGUGGGUCCCAACAAAGACAUGCUCAAAUUACAUAUUGUUAUAUCGCCAGCCAAUUAGCGUUUAUGAUAUUACAUUACAUCAAAGUAGAAAAUCAUAGCGAGAAAAAUGUUUAUAUAUAGUUUUUUUAUAAAAAGAGAAAAGAUAUUAUGAAUUUUAUGUUUCUAUAUCUUAUGUAAUUAUUUCUUUUUUUUUUCUAUUAUGCACAAAUAUUUUUCCAAUG